UAAUGUGGUGAGAGUAGGGAGGGGGCAGCGAGGGCCCUGGAGACGCUACGCUCCUGGGAGCUCGCGCUGCGGCUCAGACUCCCCGGCUGCAAAACCCAAGGAAGUUGUUUGGGGAGGAGGAUACAAUAGGCAGGAGGGAAGGAAGCAACCGGGCCGUGCAAUGGGGCGUCGCUUCCCGGCUUUGGAAAGGGGACGUCGAGCUGGGUGACGGCUUGCAUUUCCCUGCCUGCGUCCGGGAAAGCCCGGCCACCCAGAUUCCUUUAAAACAAGGAGGCAGGAGAGCAACAGGGAGGUGGAGCUGCUGCUCAUCCCGUGCAAAGGGGGGGGGAGAAAAAAACUAGAGCAUGAAAUUUCGAGAAGGGCUUGUUGCAGAAAGAAGCAGCAGCAGGAGGCGGAGGCGCUGCAACUAGUGUAACUAAACCCCCGCCCCCAAGAAACCCAGAGCGAGCUAAUCCUCCUCCUGGGAGCCCCAUUGCAGAGCAGCGCCCCGUAGCUGGGUCUUGGCGGAUGAGUGCUAUGUCUCGGCGCUGCAGGAGAGCUCCGGGGGGGCACGUUGCAGGGAGGGGGGAGUGAGGGCGAGCUGCAUCCCCCCUCAACAAGCAGCCCGGAGGACCCCCUCCCCCCGAUUUGUUGAGGUCGCGGGCCGAUGCGGCGCUGAACCCGGCCGGCGGAGCCAUGCUGCUGGGCUCGGCCGUGGUGGUCUGGGAAUGGCUGAACGAGCACGGCCGCUGGAGACCCUACAGCCCGGCCGUCAGCCACCACAUCGAGGCGGUGAUCCGGGCCGGGCCGCGGGCGGGCAGCGUGGUGCUGGGCCAGGCGGACCGGCGGCUGGCGCCCUACUUGCUGGAUCUGCACUCUAUGCACCAGUUCCGCCAGGAUACCGGCACCAUCCGCCCAGUGCGGCGGAGUUACUAUGACCCCUCCUCAGCACCGGGCAAGGGUGUGGUGUGGGAGUGGGAGAACGACAGCGGCUCGUGGACAGCCUACGACAUGGAGGUGGGCAUCACCAUCCAGCAUGCCUACGAGAAGCAGCACCCCUGGAUCGACCUCACCUCCAUUGGCUUCUGCUACGUCAUUGACUUCAGCACUAUGGGCCAGAUCAACCGGCAGACCCAACGCAAGCGCCGCAUCCGCCGACGCCUCGACCUGGUCUACCCGCUGGUCACCGGCACCCUGCCUAAGUCCCAGUCAUGGCCGGCCAGCCCGGGCGUUUCCAGCUCACCUCCCACCCCACCCUGCACCUGCCCCCAGUGCCUUCUGGUCAUGAGUGUCAAGGCGGUGGUUGCGGCUGGGGCCAAUGGUGGGACUGGCGCCGCGGUCCCCCAGCAGCAGCAGCGUAAAGCCUCCGCCCCGUUGGGUGGCCCCAAGCCUCCCAUCCCAGCACCUGGGCUCAAGCCCCCGGAUGGCACAGCCACCACGCGCAGCUCGCUGAAGACCCUGGCCUCCCAGGUGAGCCGGAGGCAGGCAGCCAGCACACCGGCCUUGAGCUCGGCCACCAGCCUGCCUGCCGCCAAUGGGAAGACCACACGCGCCAGCCUCAACACCCUCAACCGCACCCACCUGCAGCGCCUGGCCAUCGCUCAGUCCCGUGUGCUGAUUGCCUCCGGGGUUCCCACCGUCCCAGUGAAGAACCUCAACGGCUCAAGCCCUGUUAACCCCGCGCUGGCAGGGAUCACCGGGAUCCUCAUGAGCGCGGCGGGGCUGCCCGUCUGCCUCACCCGCCCCCCCAAGCUGGUGCUGCACCCCCCACCCGUCAGCAAGAGUGAAAUCAAAUCCAUCCCGGGCGUGGCCAACACCUGCCGCAAGACGACCAAAAAGCAGGCCAAGAAAGGUAAAACCCCGGAGGAGGUGCUGAAGAAAUACCUGCAGAAGGUGCGUCAUCCUCCGGACGAGGACUGCACCAUCUGUAUGGAGCGCCUCUCCACCCCCUCUGGCUACAAGGGACCCCAGCCAGCUGUCAAGCCCGACCUAGUGGGAAAACUGUCCAAGUGUGGCCACAUCUACCACCUCCACUGCCUGGUCGCCAUGUACAACAACGGCAACAAGGAUGGGAGCUUGCAGUGCCCAACCUGCAAAACCAUAUAUGGGGUGAAGACUGGGACUCAGCCCCCCGGGAAGAUGGAAUAUCACCUCAUCCCUCACUCGCUGCCUGGGCACCCUGAUUGUAAAACCAUUCGGAUCAUCUACAACAUCGCACCAGGGGUCCAGGGACCAGAACAUCCAAACCCCGGGAAAGGCUUCACAGCCCGUGGAUUCCCUCGACACUGUUACCUCCCGGACAGCGAGAAGGGCCGAAAGGUGCUGAAGCUGCUGCUCGUGGCCUGGGACCGCCGCCUGAUCUUUGCCAUUGGUACCUCCAGCACCACCGGCGAGUCAGACACGGUGAUCUGGAACGAGAUCCACCACAAGACGGAGUUUGGUUCUAACCUCACGGGCCACGGCUACCCAGACUCCAACUAUCUGGACAAUGUGCUGGCCGAGCUGGCGGUGCAGGGCAUCACGGAGGAGAGCGCGGCCCAGGAGAAGGACUGAGAACAGGAGGAGGGGAGGAGAUGGCAUUUCUUUGUGGCGGGAGCAGCGCUUUGUCACGUGGCGGUGCCCCACACUCGCCGCCUCCUCUCUGCCCCGGUGCCUGCACCCUCCCCCACCUCCUCCUCCCGCUGCUGUGAUGCUCAGAGGGCACCAGUCGCACCAUUGAGACGUGUGGCUUGGGGUUGGAGCAGAGGAGGAGGCCCACGGUGCCUCGUCAAUGGGCAUAUCUGUGGGGCCGGUCUCCCAACAUGGGCGCCGCCCGCACCCAAGGUUACCAAGGUUAAUCUUGUUGCACUUGGCUGGGAAUGGAGGGGGGAUUGAACCGCUAAACCCUGUGAAAAUGAACUGCCUCUUAGGGCACUACCCUGCGGGAAGUGCUCCUGUCCCAUAAGGCAGCUCCGGCACCGCAUGGGAGCCGCUGCAAAGGCCUGUGGGAAUGCCAAGGAUUCAAACCGGUCCUAGUCUUGCCCCGGUUAGGAGACUGGUUGCGUGUUGUUAUGUCACUGCUGCUUUCAUGUUGUGGACUCAGUGUGAGUUGGAAAUGUGCUGUUUGCAGGUCUGGUACCCCCCGCCCAACCCACCUCACCCUCCCAGGCCGGCCUGCCUGCCUGUCUCCCCGAUCCCACCGCACAUCGGGUCAGAACCAGGUCUGCUGCCUGCUUGGAUCUGAGCCUUGGGGAAAUGAGAUGGAAAUCCCGUCUCCUUGAUAUGUUCCACACUGGGUCAGGACCAGAACUAGCUGGGUACGAGUCUCCUGGUGCCGGUCCAUAGUGGGCUGGAGCAGAACUAGUUCCUUAAUGAUUCAUUCCAGCCGCUACGUGAACAGUGCUAGAGCAGGGGAUGGGAAUCCGUGAUGGAUGGAUCAGAACCAGACCCGGUCUUCUCCGGGUCCCUCUUCCCCUCCCACUCCCCCUAAUCCAUUCUCACCUGGGUCAGAACCAGUCCAGCUGGCUCAGUUUUGUGCAGUGGGGUGUGCGGGAGAGAAAUCCCUCACUCUCUGAUCCCUUCUGUACGGCUCAAAACCAAGUCUGGUUCUCCCUGUCUCAGUGAGUGUAGUUUACUCCAGUCCCAUCCAGAACUGUGUGAGCUGAUCUCCUUGUACCUGUGAAGGAGCCAUACCCCCGGGGUGGCUCUGUCUGGUCAGGCCUGGUGGGGGUGAGUUGUUAUGUGGGGAGGGGAGGUCUGAUUUCCCCCCCCGGCCCCAUAAGAUGGGUUCUUUGAACUGUUUGUAUGGGGGAGUCCCCCUGGAUACGGAUCUGAAUUUAUAUACCUCAUGUUUUGGGGGUUUGUCGUAUAUAUGUAUGUAUAUCUAUCACGUCACGCUUGAAGAUGACGUUGGCGCUAGGAUGCUUAAAGGAAACGGUACUUAAGUUAGACCAUGGGGGCGAGGCAAGCUGGGCGGCCAUCUUGAAAGAGAGGCGCCCAGUCAGGCUUGGCCACAUUGCAAAAUGGCCACCACACGCCCCUCAGGAAGGUGGGAAAAGGGCACAAAUACGCUCCUGUUAGUGUGACUCUGUGCUGUUUGGAGGGGGGCAGGGGGCUGAUUGGAAACAUGCCUGACCUGGGGUUAGCCUCCAUGUUGGGGAAACAGGAGCCCAGUAAAAUCUAUAGUUCAUCCAUAACCCUGCUCAGCCUCUGUGGUGCUGCGACCUAGUGGCCUCUUUGCAGCUAGUGAGUGAGGUGGGUCCCAUGGGCUAUGCGCCAGGUCCCAUCCCUGUAGUGAGAUGGGGAAGGGGUGGGUGAGGUGGCUCCCUGCUGGGAUCCUGACCCUUUCCUGUCUUGUUGCUUAGUUCUUUGGCUUCUUGGGCUUUCCUGGCUUGGGGAUUUUCCCCUUGCAGCCCUUGUGAAGUCCCUGUGGGGCAGAGGAGAGGGGAGCAGGUGAUGUGGCUGGGUGGGGGUAGGUGAGGCAGGACUAGGGAGGGAUAGGAGUUGCGAUUGGCUGCAGAUGGAGUUUGCCGGAGUGGUGGCAGGAGCAGGGAGAGGAGGAGGGGAAACCCAGAGGCUUCACAAGGCCUGUUCACCCUGCCCCAGAGAGAUCACAGCAGCCGCCAAGCUGGGAUGCCUGAGGAACUGAUCCUGUUCCAAACUGCCUGGAAACCCCCUUCAUUGCCACAACAGCCCCUUUUAGUGAGGGGCUGAGAUCAUCCUGUCCUGAGCACCCCUUUUGUCCCCCAGAGGUGGCCAGUGCCCCAAGACCCACCCUUUUCUGUAUUUCCCAUGCACUUGCUAAUGAUGGGGGAGUAGUCCUACCCCCAGACUAGAACAGGGGGGAAAAGGAAAAAAAACACUAAAAAAUGGAAAUGUUUUGAUUUUUUUACAAGGCAAAUGAUGCUUUUUUGAUUCAAAAUUGCUUUCCAUUUUCUUUUUUUUAUCUUUAAAAUGCUCUAAACUUGAAACUAUCUUUUUUUUCUUUGAGUUGCCAGAAUUUUUUGGUUUCUAAAUUAUUAUUUUUUGAACCACCAGCAAACUGAAAAUGCUGUUAAUCACACAGAUCUCCCCCCAACCCUUGAGAUUCCCCACUGUGCAUAUCUGAGCUCCCUGCCCUAGCCUCCCCCACAUCCUCUAUCCCCCUCCAAGUAUAUCUCAGCUCCCAGCCCAGUCCCAUAUUCCCCCUCCUAGCCAGUAAGAUUGUCACACGUUACCCAGCCCCUACCCCUGUUGCGCUAGCAAGGAGUGGCCUCCAGUCUGACUUGGUUUCUAGGAUAGGGGAAGAGGCUUGGAAGGGGUCACCUACAGGCCCCUGUGAUUGUUCCUCCCAGGGAGGGGUGGGGUGUUGAUUGUCUCUUCCUCCCUCCCCCUCCAGCUGUGCUUUUGUUUUAUUUCUAACUGUGGUUUUAUAGGUUUCAGAGGAACAGCCGUGUUAGUCUGUAUUCGCAAAAAGAAAAGGAGUACUUGUGGCACCUUAGAGACUAACCAAUUUAUUUGAGCAUGAG